GCUUCAUUUCCAUGUCGGUUGCUACGCUGAACACGAAGCCUCUUCUACAGAAGAAAUAGAAACAAUCAACUAUCGUAUAUAACCAGGUGCAGUCGAAAACUAGCUUCAUUCAGCGAAAUCUGUUGAGAUGUGGAACAAACCAAGCCUGGGAAUCUUUCUCCUCUAUCUGAUGGCCAGCGGGGGGAGCGCGUUGCCCGCCGACGUAGCCAGAUACAAUAAAUUGGGACAAAGCCCAACAAAGCCAGCCAGCCUGAACUGCAGUGCGGCGACCACGACCAAUCGGUUGGGUCUGGACACUGAGAGCACCCCGUCACCACCGGAAUUCGAGUACGCCCUGCUCGGUCAGGAUCCUAAGGAUCAGCAUUGGUAUCGCGUCAGUCUCACGCCCACGAAGAACCAGACGGGGUAUCGGGCCCAGUUCGCCACCCGGAAGCAGCCGCCCUUCGACGACCAAGUGGCGCACAAGCAUGACAGGACCAUUGGCGAGCUGCUGGAUUGGCUGGACCAUUCCGAGGAACGCAAACUCCUGCAAGUGUACCGGGACGUGUUGGACGACGAGCAGAGGGAAACAAAUCAAAGGCUAGAUAAUGAAGUCCGCAGUGAAAGCGACUUAAGGCCCACAAAGAGCAACCAUCAGCUGCACCUGGUGGGAGAGGAGACGACAACCCCGGCUCAAAGUCCGAAUGAAAGUGAGCCGAAGGCAGUCCAGAACUUUGUAUACUUUAUAAAGGGACUGGAAUGAUUCCGAAGAAAAGCAUUUUCCGAUUUUAAUUUACUCCAAAACUUUUUACAAUGAAUUAUUUGAAACCCUAUUAUGUUCUUCAAAGAAAUUUUAUAAAUCUGCAUAUAGAAACCAAAAAAUAUUAGUAAAGUUCCUUUAAAUUUC